GCGCUAGACGGCAGAGCCGGGACGCUGGCGGCGGCUGCGAGCGAGCGGUGGGCUUAGGCUCUGCGGAACUGGCGCCGCGAUGGGACACCUGUGGCUCUGGGGGACGUGGGCCCUCUGGGGGCUGCUCCUGUGCGUCGCAGACCCCCGCACAGAUGGCUCUAAAAUAAUUCCCAAAGUCAUAGAAAUAAUACCUAAAUAUGGCAGCAUAAAUGGAGCAACAAGGCUGACUAUCAAAGGAGAAGGUUUUGCUCAAGCAAACCAGUUUAACUAUGGAGUUGAUAAUGCUGAGUUGGGAAACAGUGUGCAAUUAGUUUCUUCUUUCCGAUCAAUUUCUUGUGAUGUAGAAAAAGAUUCAAGUCAUUCAACUCAAAUUACAUGCUAUACUAGAGCAAUGCCAGAAGAUUCCUACACUAUUAGAGUCAGUGUGGAUGGGGUUCCUAUUGCAGAAAACAAUAUCUGUAAAGGUCACAUCAACAGCUGGGCCUGCAGCUUCAAUGCAAAAAGUUUCAGAACCCCAACAAUAAGGAGCAUCACACCUUUAUCUGGAACUCCAGGUACACUGAUAACAAUCCAAGGCAGAAUCUUCACUGAUGUCUAUGGAAGUAAUAUAGCACUAAGCUCCAAUGGGAAAAAUGUUAGGAUUUUAAGAGUUUAUAUUGGAGGAAUGCCCUGUGAACUUCUCAUACCACAAUCUGAUAAUUUGUAUGGUCUAAAACUAGAUCACUCAAAUGGAGACAUGGGUUCUAUGAUUUGUAAGACGACUGGAACUUACAUUGGUCAUCACAAUGUCAGCUUCAUCUUGGAUAGUGAUUAUGGAAGGAGUUUACCACAAAAAAUGGCAUAUUUUGUUUCUUCUCUCAAUAAAAUUUCAAUGUUUCAAACAUAUGCAGAGGUCACUACGAUUUCACCUUCACAAGGAAGCAUUCAAGGCGGCACCAUGCUAACAAUAAGUGGACAGUUCUUUGAUCAGACAGAUUUCCCAGUCAGAGUUUUCGUUGGAGGUCAAGCCUGUGAUAUUUUGAAUGUCACAGAAAAUAGCAUAUGUUGCAAGACACCCCCUAAACCUGAUAUUCUCAGAACUGUAUAUCCAGGUGGGAGAGGCCUAAAGCUUGAGGUAUGGAAUAGUAGCCGUCCAGUACAUCUUGAAGAGAUACUCGAAUACAAUGAAAAAACUCCAGGGUACAUGGGUGCCAGUUGGGUAGAUUCAGCUUCCUAUCUUUGGCCUAUGGAACAAGAUACAUUUGUUGCACGCUUCAGUGGAUUUUUGGUGGCUCCAGAUUCUGAUGUUUAUAGAUUCUACAUCAAAGGUGAUGACCGUUACGCUAUUUAUUUCAGCCAGACUGGACUUCCCGAAGAUAAGGUGAGGAUUGCCUAUCAUUCUUCCAAUGCCAACAGUUAUUUUUCCAGCCCAACACAAAGAUCAGAUGACAUUCAUCUUCGAAAAGGAAAAGAAUAUUACAUUGAAAUCUUGCUGCAGGAGUACAGACUAAGUGCUUUUGUGGAUGUUGGACUGUACCAGUAUAGAAAUGUCUAUACUGAACAACAAACGGAAGAUGCAGUGAAUGAAGAACAAGUGAUCAAAUCCCAGUCGACAAUUGUCGAGGAAGUACAGGUUAUAACAUUGGAAAACUGGGAAACAACUAAUGCAGCCAAUGAAGUGCAGAAGAUCAUGGUAACCAGCCCAUGUGUGGAAGCUAAUUUAUGUUCAUUUUACCAAUAUAGAUUAAUCUAUAACAUGGAAAAAACUGUCUGGCUACCUGCUGAUGCUUCUGACUUCAUAUUGCAAUCAGCCUUGAAUGACCUCUGGUCCAUAAAACCGGAUGCAGUUCAAGUAAUAAGAACACAAAAUCCUCAGAGCUAUGUUUACAUGGUAACCUUUAUAUCAACUAGAGGAGACUUCGAUCUGCUCAGUUAUGAAGUAUUUGAAGGGAACAAUGUCACACUGGCUAUUACAGAACAAACCAAAGGAAAACCCAGUUUGGACACAUUCACACUGAAUUGGGAUGGGAUCACUUCUAGGCCUCUUAUGCCGCAGUCAUCAGAAGCUGAAUUUCAGGCAGCAGUGGAAGAAAUGGUUAGCGCUAAGUGUCCACCACAAAUUGCAAACUUUGAAGAAGGAUUUGUUGUGAAAUACUUCAGAGAUUAUGAAACUGAUUUUAACCUGGAGCAUAUUAAUAGAGGGCAAAAGACAGCUGAAACUGAUGCUUACUGUGGUCGUUACUCCCUGAAAAACCCAGCUGUUCUUUUUGACUCAGCAGAUGUUAAACCAAACAGACUACCAUAUGGAGACAUUUUAUUAUUUCCUUAUAAUCAGUUAUGUUUAGCAUACAAAGGAUUCUUGGCAAAUUAUAUUGGUCUAAAAUUUCAAUACCAAGACACAAGCAAGAUUACUAGAAGCACUGAUACACAAUUUACAUAUAACUUUGCGUAUGGAAACAACUGGACCUACACUUGUAUAGACCUUCUGGAUCUCAUACAAACCAAAUACACUGGGACCAGUUUUUCUCUUCAGAGGAUUAGUUUGCAGAAAGCAUCAGAAUCACAGUCUUUCUAUGUGGAUAUUGUAUACAUUGGACAGACAUCUACAAUUGCAGCAUUGGAUGAAAUGCCAAAGAGAAGACUUCCAGCAUUAGCAAAUAGAGGAAUAUUUUUAAAGCACUUUCAGGUGACUCAGACCAAAAUUAAUGGAUCAAGUAUAACCAACCAAUAUUCUGUCACCAUGACAUCAUGUAAUUGCAGUUACAAUAUACCCAUGAUGGCUGUGAGCUUUGGGCAGACAAUCACAAACGAGACAGAGAAUGAGUCUGUUUACAGAGGAAAUAAUUGGCCGGGGGAGUCAAAGAUUCGUAUUCAAAGAGUUCAAGCAGCAUCUCCACCUCUAAGUGGCAGCUUUGACAUUCACGCUUACGGACAUAUUCUCAAAGGUAUUCCCGCUGCUGUGUCAGCUGCAGAUUUGCAGUUUGCUCUCCAGAGUCUAGAAGAAGUGGGACAAGUCUCAGUUACACGAGAGGGAAGCUGUGCGGGGUACUCAUGGCACGUGAAGUGGAGAAGCACACGCGGAAAGCAGAAUCUGCUGCAGAUCAAUGAUUCCAACAUUUUUGGAGAAAAGGCUAACGUGAUGGUUACAAGGAUAAAGGAAGGUGGCUUAUUCAGACAGCGCAUACUGGGAGACCUACUUCGUACACCCAGCAAACAGCCACAGGUUGAAGUCUAUGUUAAUGAAAUCCCAGCUAAAUGUUCAGGUGACUGUGGGUUUACAUGGGAUCCCACAACUACUCCUCAAGUCUGGGCCAUAAGCCCUUCCCAAGGGUCCUAUGAAGAAAGCACAAUUCUAACCGUAUCAGGCUCGGGAUUUUCUCCUAGUUCAACUGUAUCGGUCUCAGUUGGACCAGCAGGUUGCUCUCUUCUUUCUGUGAAUGAAAAUGAGAUCAACUGCCAGAUUCUGAAUGGAAGUGCUGGACGUUUCCCAGUUGCUGUGUCCAUAGGUGAUGUGGGACUAGCACAGAAUACAGAGGAGGAGGAAUUACACUUCAUUUAUCAGAGUCACAUCUCACACAUCUGGCCUGCUUCUGGAAGCCUAGCAGGUGGUACUCUUCUGACUCUAUCUGGAUCUGGCUUUAAUGAAAAUUCAAAGGUAUUAGUCGGAAAUGAAACCUGCAAUGUAAUUGAAGGGGAUUUGAAUAAGAUAACCUGCAGAACACCAAAAAGAAUUGAGGGUACAGUUGAUAUAUCAGUUAUUACCAAUGGAUUUCAAGCCAUGGCAAAGAAUGCUUAUAGCUAUAAUUGUUUACAGACUCCAGUUAUAACUGAUUUUAGUCCCAAAGUACGGACAAUACUGGGAGAAGUUAAUUUAACAAUUAAGGGUUAUAACUUUGGAAAUGAACUCACACAAAACAUGGAGGUCUAUGUUGGAGGAAAAUCCUGCCAGGUCCUUCACUGGAACUUCACAGAUAUUAGAUGCCUUUUGCCCAAGUUGUCUCCUGGAAAACAUGAUAUCUGUGUAGAAGUCAGAAACUGGGGUUUUACGUCAACAAGAGACAAAUUAAACGCUUCUAUACAGUAUAUUUUGCAAGUGACCGACAUGUUUCCACAGAAGGGCUCCUUAUAUGGUGGAACUGAAAUCACUGUAAUGGGUUUGGGAUUCAGCACAAUACUAGCUGAGAACACUGUGCUUUUGGGGUCCUUCCCUUGCAAUGUGACAUCAUCAUCAGAAAAUGUCAUAAAAUGUAUUGUUCAUUCAACAGGGAAAGUAUUCAGGAUUACCAACAGUGGGGAAGAUUCAGUACACGGAUUAGGUUAUGCCUGGUCACCAUCAGUCUUAAAUGUGUCUGUGGGAGACACAGUGACAUGGCAUUGGCAAGCACAUCCAUAUCUCAGGGGAAUAGGAUAUAGAGUGUUCUCUGUCUCCAGUCCUGGAAGUGUAAUUUAUGAUGGCAAAGGAUUUACCAAUAGAAGAGAAAAAUCUGCAUCAGGUUCAUUUUCUUACCAAUUUACUUCACCUGGAAUCCAUUAUUAUAGCAGCGGGUAUGUUGAUGAGGCUCGCUCCAUUUUUCUCCAAGGAGUCAUUAACGUUUUACCGGCUGAAACCAGGCACAUUCCCCUGCACCUGUUUGUGGGUGGCACUGAAGCCACAUAUGCUCAGGGAGGACCCGUGAAUUUGCGCUUGGAAAGCUCUGUGACAGGCUGCCUAGCAACAGAACCCCUGUGUGACCUGAACAGUACCGUGUUUGCACAUUCGGAUAGAUUGCUCUUUGAGCUUUCAAGUUGUUUUUCACCAUCUAUAAGCAACAUUAGUCCAUCCAUCGGAACACUAAAUGAAUUGAUAACAAUUACUGGACGUGGCUUCAGUAAUCUCACAUGUGCUAAUAAGGUUACAAUUGGUAGCUAUCCCUGUGUUGUAGAAGAAAGUAGUAAUAAUUCCAUUGUGUGUCAUAUUGACCCUCAAAACUCAAUGGAUGUUGGCAUCAGGGAAAUUGUCACAGUAACUGUCUACAAUCUGGGCACUGCUAUCAACACACUGUCCAGUGAAUUUGAUAGGCGAUUUGUACUUUUGCCAAACAUCGACGUGGUAUUACCAAAUGCAGGGUCAACUACAGGAAUGACAAAAGUGACCAUACAAGGCUCUGGAUUUGCAGUUUCUUCUGCUGGUGUACAAGUCCUUAUGGGUCGUUUUCCAUGUAAAGUUGUGUCAGUGAAUUAUACAGCCAUUGAAUGUGAAACAUCUCCUGCUCCCCAGCAGCUUGUGAAGGUAGAUCUUCUGAUCCACGGAGUGGCUGCCCUGUGUCAAGGGAACUGCAGCUUUUCAUACUUAGAAAGCAUCACUGCUUUUGUAACAAGAAUCUCCCCAAACUCCAUCAAAGGAUCUGUAAAAGUUCUUAUUGAAGGAGAAGGUUUUGGCACUAUCUUGGAGGACAUUUCUGUUUUCAUUGGAAACCAACAGUUUAGAGCAAUCGAUGUUAAUGAAAAUAACAUCACUGUUCUUGUAACUCCUCUUCCGGCUGGAAUUUAUUCUCUUAGUGUCGUGGUGGGAACGAAAGGCUUAGCUCUGGGAAACCUUACUGUCAGCAGCCCCCCAGUAGCAUCUGUCACACCAACUUCUGGAAGCAUUGGUGGUGGCACUAUUUUGAUGAUCACUGGAAAUGGCUUCUAUCCAGGCAACACCACAGUCACUGUUGGGGAUGAACCUUGCCAAAUUAUUUCUGUCAAUUCCAGUGAAGUCUACUGCCGUACCCCAGCAGGGACAGCUGGAAGGGUCAGUGUAAAGAUCUCUGUGAAUGCAGUCGCUUAUCCACCUCUGUCAUUUACGUAUGCCUUGGAAGAUACUCCACUUCUCAGAGGAGUUGUCCCAAGUACAGGUCCUCCAGGGACUGAAAUUCAGAUCAAUGGGUCAAAUUUUGGUAUUGAUAUCUUGGAAAUUUCAGUGAUGAUAAAUAACAUUCAGUGUAAUGUGACCAUGGUCAAUGAUACUGUAUUGCAAUGCAUUGCUGGAGAUCAUGCUGGUGGCACUUUUCCUGUUAUGAUGCAUCAUAAGACAAAAGGCUCUGCUGUGUCCACAGUCGUAUUUGAGUACCCACUUACUAUUCACAAUAUUCAUCCAAGCCAAGGGAGCUUCGGUGGUGGUCAAACCAUGACUGUGACAGGCACUGGGUUUAAUCCACAGAAUUCAGUUGUAUUAGUGUGUGGCUCAACAUGUGCAGUCGACAGAUGGAAAUCUAAUUGCACAACAUUAUUAUGUGAAAUUCCACCUAAUAAUGGCAGGGGACCCAAGCAAGCCUGUGAAGUGAGUGUGGUCAAUGGGAAGAAUUCAUCUCAGUCCACGACUCCUUUUAUAUACACCAUGUCAAUGACUCCACUCAUCACUGAAAUAGCUCCCAAGAGAGGCAGUACAGCAGGGGGCACCAGACUUACCGUCCUGGGAUCAGGCUUCAGUGAAAAUAUACAGGAUGUUCUUGUUACCAUAGCUGAAGCCAAAUGUGAUAUUGAGUAUUCCAACAAGACAUAUAUCAUCUGCAUGACAAAUGCCCACACCCCUUCAGGGUGGGCUCCAGUGCAUGUCAACAUCAGAAGCAUCGGCAUGGCCAAACUGGAUAAUGCUGACUUCCUAUAUGUUGAUGCUUGGUCCUCCAACUUCUCGUGGGGAGGAGCGUUGCCCCCAGAGGAAGGCUCACUAGUUGUUAUUACAAAAGGACAGACAAUUUUGCUGGAUCAAAAUACCCCUAUCCUGAAAAUGUUGCUUAUUCAGGGUGGAACUCUAAUAUUUGAUGAAGCUGACAUUGAACUUCAGGCAGAAAAUAUUCUAAUUACAGAUGGAGGCGUUCUUCAGAUUGGGACGGAAGCCUCCCCGUUUCAACACAAGGCGGUCAUUACCUUGCAUGGGCACCUGCGAUCUCCUGAGCUCCCGGUAUAUGGCGCCAAAACACUGGCUGUGCGGGAGGGAAUCCUGGAUCUGCAUGGUCUGCCUGUUCCUGUGAUUUGGACUCGUUUGGCUCAUACUGCAAAGGCAGGGGAAAGGACUUUGAUUUUACACGAAGCAGUAACAUGGAAACCAGGAGAUGAGAUUGUAAUUGCAAGCACAGGACACAGACACAGCCAACAAGAGAAUGAAAAAAGGACCAUUGCAUCUGUAUCUGCUGGUGGCAGGAACAUAACGCUAACUAAUCCGCUGAAUUACACACACUUAGGAAUCACUGUCACCCUCCCUGAUGGAUCUCUGUUUGAAGCAAGGGCAGAAAUUGGAAUUCUUACAAGAAAUAUUUUAAUAAGAGGAUCUGACAAUGUGGAGUGGAAUAACAAAAUUCCAGCAUGCCCUGAUGGAUUUGACACAGGUGAAUUUGCUACACAGACAUGUCUCCAAGGAAGGUUUGGAGAAGAAAUAGGAAGUGACCAGUUUGGUGGAUGCAUUAUGUUUCAUGCUCCGAUACCUGGUGCUAACAUGGUAACUGGAAGAAUAGAAUACGUAGAGAUAUUCCAUGCUGGCCAGGCAUUCCGGUUGGGGCGAUAUCCAAUACAUUGGCACCUGCUUGGAGAUUUACAGUUCAAAUCUUAUGUAAGAGGCUGUGCAAUUCACCAGACCUACAACAGAGCUGUUACUAUCCAUAACACACAUCACCUUCUGGUUGAGAGGAAUAUUAUAUAUGAUAUCAGGGGGGGAGCAUUUUUUAUAGAAGAUGGUAUUGAACAUGGCAAUAUCCUGCAAUAUAACUUGGCAGUAUUUGUACAGCAAAGUACUAGUCUUCUGAAUGACGACGUGACUCCAGCUGCAUUUUGGGUAACCAAUCCAAACAACACCAUACGACACAAUGCAGCUGCUGGUGGCACUCACUUUGGCUUUUGGUACCGAAUGAACAACCACCCUGAUGGGCCAUCCUACGACCGAAACAUUUGCCAAAAACGAGUUCCUCUUGGAGAAUUCUUUAAUAACACUGUUCAUUCUCAAGGUUGGUUUGGAUUGUGGAUAUUUGAAGAAUAUUUCCCCAUGCAGACAGGAUCUUGUACUUCUACAGUGCCAGAGCCUGCAAUAUUUAAUUCACUCACUACUUGGAAUUGUCAAAAAGGAGCUGAAUGGGUCAAUGGAGGUGCACUUCAGUUUCAUAACUUCAUGAUGGUCAAUAAUUAUGAGGCUGGAAUUGAAACGAAGAGGAUCCUGGCUCCUUACGUUGGAGGAUGGGGUGAAACCAUUGGAGCAGUGAUUAAAAAUGCCAAAAUAGUUGGUCAUGUUGAUGAACUGGGAAUGGGGUCUGUAUUUUGCACAAUGAAAGGCCUGGUUCUCCCAUUUAAUGAAGGGUUGACUGUAUCUUCCGUACACUUCAUGAACUUUGACCGUCCCAGCUGUGCAGCUUUGGGAGUGACGUCCAUCACUGGCGUUUGUAAUGACAGAUGUGGAGGCUGGAGUGCAAAAUUCAUUGACAUCCAAUAUUCUCACACAACAAACAAGGCUGGCUUUCGAUGGGAACAUGAAGUGGUACUGAUUGAUGUUGAUGGUUCACUUACAGGUCACAAAGGACACACUGUCAUUCCACACAGCUCAUUGCUGGACCCUUCUCACUGCAGUCAAGAAGCCGAGUGGAGCAUAGGAUUCCCUGGGUCUGUCUGUGACGCCUCGGUCAGCUUCCACCGGCUGGCAUUCAACAAGCCUUCUCCAGUGUCUCUGCUUGAAAAGGAUGUGGUUCUCUCAGACUCCUUCGGCACAAGCAUUGUUCCGUUUCAGAAGAAACGACUGACUCAUAUGUCUGGAUGGAUGGCUCUGAUUCCAAAUGCAAAGCACAUUAACUGGUAUUUUAAAAGUGUAGAUCACAUAACCAACAUUUCGUAUACGUCAACAUUCUAUGGAUUUAAGGAAGAAGACUAUGUAAUCAUAUCUCAUAACUUCACUCAAAAUCCUGAUAUGUUUAAUAUCAUUGAUAUGAGGAAUGGCUCUUCAAAUCCAUUGAAUUGGAAUACUAGCAAGAAUGGAGACUGGCACCUUGAAGCAAACACGAGUACUCUAUAUUACCUGGUGUCAGGAAAAAAUGGCCUUCAUCAGAGCCAGUCCAUUUCUGGGACCCUGGAUCCUGAUGUGAAGGAUGUUGUUAUUAAUUUCCAAGCUUACUGCUGUGUUCUCCAGGAUUGCUUUCCUGUACAUCCUCCAUCAAGAAAACCAAUUCCCAGGAAGCGACCAGCCACAUAUAACUUAUGGUCAAAUGAUUCUUUUUGGCAGUCAUCUCAAGAAAAUAAUUAUACCAUACCUCACCCAGGAGCAAAUGUUGUUAUUCCUGAAGGAACAUGGAUUGUGGCAGACACAGAUAUUCCACCAAUGGAAAGACUCGUUAUUUGGGGGGUUCUAGAAUUGGAAGAUAAGCAUAAUGUGGGAGCUGCAGAGUCUUCUUAUAGAAAAGUUGUUUUGAAUGCUACCUACAUAUCACUGCAGGGAGGUAGAUUAAUUGGUGGCUGGGAAGAUAACCCUUUUAAAGGAGAAUUACAGAUUGUUCUUAGAGGGAAUCGUUCUACUCCAGAGUGGGCUCUUCCAGAAGGACCAAAUCAAGGAUCAAAGGUCCUAGGGGUGUUUGGUGAGCUGGAUCUUCAUGGAAUUCCACGUUCGAUAUAUAAAACUAAGCUCUCAGAAACCGCAGAGGCAGGUUCCAAAGUCCUCUCUCUGACGGAUGCUGUGGAUUGGCAGGAAGGAGAAGAGAUUGUGAUAACAACCACAAGCUAUGAUUUCCACCAGACUGAAAUUAGAAGUAUCGUUAAAAUCCUGCAUGAUCACAAAAUUCUCAUUCUCAAUGAUACCCUUUCCUAUACUCACUUUGCUGAAAGAUACCAUGUUCCUGGAACCGGUCAGAGCUACACAUUAGCAGCUGAUGUUGGGAUACUGAAUAGAAACAUCAAAAUACUUGGUGAGGAUUAUCCAGGUUGGCUGAAGGAAUCUUUUGGUGCACGCGUCCUAGUCAGCUCAUUCACUGAAAAUACGGUGACAUUUAAAGGAAGUGCAAGAAUAAGUAAUGUGGAAUUUUAUCACAGCGGUCAAGAGGGCUUCAGGGAUAGCACGGAUCCAAGAUAUGCUGUAACAUUUCUUAACCUGGGACAGAUUCAAGAACGUGGCUCAUCUUAUAUUCAAGGCUGUGCUUUUCACAGUGGCUUUUCCCCUGCAGUUGGUGUAUUUGGGACAGAUGGAUUGGACAUAGAUGAUAACGUGAUUCACUUUACAGUGGGGGAAGGCGUGAGAAUAUGGGGGGAUGCCAACAGAGUCCGAGGAAACUUGGUUACACUUUCAGUUUGGCCAGGAACCUAUCAGAACAGAAAAGACUUGAGCUCAACUCUCUGGCAUGCAGCAAUUGAGAUAAAUAGAGGGACCAAUACAGUCUUACAAAAUAACGUAGUGGCUGGAUUUGGAAGGGCAGGAUAUCGCAUCAAUGGUGAACCUUGCUCAAGUCAGUCUUAUUCUCUGGAAAAGUGGUUUGACAAUGAAGCCCAUGGAGGUUUAUUUGGUAUCUAUAUGAACCAAGAUGGCCUUCCUGGAUGUUCUCUUAUACAGGGAUUUACCAUUUGGGCAUGCUGGGAUUACGGAAUUUAUUUUCAGACCACGGAGAGUGUGCGUAUCUAUAACGUGACCCUGGUUGACAAUGGAAUGGCCAUUUCUUCAAUGAUUUACAUGCCACCUGCUGUAUCUCACAGAAUUUCCAGUAAAACAGUGCAGAUUAAGAACUCAUUAAUUGUUGGAAGUAGCCCUGAAUUUAAUUGCUCUGAUGUCCUAACUAAUGAUGAUCCCAAUAUUGAACUUUCUGCUGCCCAUCGAAGUUCUAGACCUCCAUCAGGUGGGAGAAGUGGGAUUUGCUGGCCUACCUUUGCUUCAGCACACAACAUGGCACCGCGGAAACCGCAUGCAGGGGUCAUGAGUUACAAUGCCAUCAGUGGUCUUUUGGACAUCUCAGGUUCCACAUUUGUUGGAUUUAAAAAUGUUUGUUCAGGUGAAACUAAUGUGAUAUUCAUUACUAACCCUUUAAAUGAGGAUUUACAGCAUCCCAUCCAUGUGAAGGACAUACAGCUGGUUGACACUACUGAACAAUCAAAAAUAUUUAUACAUAGACCCGAUAUAAGUAAGGUGAAUCCAUCUGAUUGUGUAGACAUGGUUUGUGAUGCCAAAAGGAAAUCUUUCCUUAGAGAUAUGGAUGGCUCCUUUCUGGGGAAUUCUGGUUCAGUGAUACCUGAAGCAGAAUAUGAAUGGAAUGGAAAUAGCCAAUUUGGAAUUGGAGACUAUAGAAUUCCUAAUGUGAUGCUCACAUUCCCAAAUGGAAGUAGAAUUCCUGUCACUGAGAAAGCACCUUAUAAAGGAAUCAUUAGAGAUUCAACCUGUAAGUACAUUCCAGAAUGGCAGAGCUAUCGGUGCUCUGGGAUGGAAUAUGCAAUGAUGGUUAUUGAAAGCCUGGAUUCCGACACAGAAACUCGCAGACUCUCACCAGUAGCUAUAGUGAGCAAUGGUUAUGUUGAUCUCAUUAAUGGCCCACAGGAUCAUGGCUGGUGUGCCGGGUACACAUGCCAGAGAAGACUGUCCCUGUUUCAUAGCAUCGUGGCUCUGGGCAAAUCUUAUGAGGUCUACUUCACUGGCACUAGUCCCCAGAAUCUUCGACUGAUGUUGCUUAAUGUUGACCAUGACAAGGCUGUUCUGGUGGGAAUUUUUUUCCCCACGCGUCAACGUUUGGAUGUCUAUGUGAACAAUUCAUUGGUCUGCCCCCAGAAUACAGUAUGGAACUCCCAACAGAAACACUGUGAACUUAAUAGACACGUGUAUACAGAGCAAUUCCUUCCUAACCUGAAUUCCAGUGUCCUUGGUGAAAACUACUUUGAUAGAACCUACCAGAUGCUUUACCUUUUGGUUAAAGGAACUAUACCUGUUGAAAUCCACACCACCUCAGUCAUAUAUGUCUCUUUCCAAUUACCUGCUGUAACAGAAGAUGACUUUUAUAGUUCUCAUAAUCUGGUUAGAAAUCUUGCCUUGUUCCUAAAGAUAUCAAGUGACAAAAUCCGUGUCAGCAAAGUAAUACGAGGGGAGAGUCUGCGAAGGAAGAGAUCCACGGGACUCACAGUUGAACUGGAGAUUGGAGAUUCUCCCCCUCAGUUCAUAACCAAUGACACUACAGGUCAGAUGCAGUUAUCUGAACUUCAAGAAAUUGCUGGUUCUCUUGGACAAGCUGUAAUUUUAGGAAAAACCAGUAGUAUCCUUGGAUUUAAUAUCUCUUCCAUGUCUAUUACCAGUCCUAUCCCCAGCCCAAGUGAUUCUGGCUGGGUUAAGGUGACCGCCCAACCGGUUGAAAGGUUUGCAUUUCCUGUUCAUCAUGUGGCCUUUUUGUCCUCGCUGUCAGUGAUCACUCAGCCGGUGGCAACACAGCUGGGACAGCCAUUUUCUCAGCAACCUUCCAUAAAGGCAGUAGAUGCUGAUGGUAAUUGUGUAUCAGUUGGGAUUACUUCACUGACUUUGAAGGCCGUACUAAAGGACUCCAGUAAUAACCAAAUCAGUGGUCUUAGUGGAAAUACAACAAUUCCAUUUAGCAGCUGUUGGGCCAACUACACAGAUCUUACUCUUCUUAGAACAGGAAAAAAUUUUAAGAUUGAAUUUAUCCUGGAUGGCGUCGUUCAGGUGGAGUCCAGGACUUUCAGCCUAGCCGCGCAGUCUGUCUCCAGCAGUGGCAGUAGCGGCAGCGGCGGUGGCAGCAGCAGUAGCAGCAGCAACAGCAAAGUGUCUACUGUGGGCACAGCUGCCCAGAUAGUGACUACAGUAGUCAGCUGUCUGGUGGGAAGAGUGUUGCUCUUGGAAAUAUUUAUGACUGCAGUUUUGAUUUUGAACUGAAUUCUCGGAAGCAACUGAAGUGCUAUUCUGAAGAACAGGUUGAAAACACAAAUACAAGAACUGCUUAUUUAAGAGCUAUUUUGUUGCACAACAAGAAAAAGUCUAUAGCAUUUUCAAGAAAAUAUACUAAAAAUAUUUUUGUAAUAUAUAAAAUGUAUUACUUAGC